CGCAAUCGCAAUCGCAAUUCGCAAUCGCAUCGCAUCAGAGAAUCCCCGACAGUUCUGAUACCCCUCACCCCCAGAGAGAGAGCAAGACCCGCGUGCAAUGGAGGGAACUCGCCGCUCCACACGGAAGGCGCCUGCGGCCGAGACAGAGGCGGAGACAGAGGAUAUCCAGAUUCAAGAACCGAUGACGACAAUGAAGACGACGCGUCAGAAACGAGCGACUCGAGCGACUCGAACUACUGCUAUGGCAGAUACGGCUACGGCCACGAAUAUAGCUACGGCUACGGCCACUACGAUUACGAGUACGGCUACAGCUGCUACGAGAACGACGAAAGCUUCGAACAAGAAGAAGGCAUCUACAAUUACGAGUACCGAUAGAAUGACCACGAGUACAGAUACUACGAAGACUGCGAGUAAAGCACGGAAACCCCGGGCGAAGAAGAAUACUGCAGCGCCGGUCGAGGAAGAAGACCAGAUUCAGACCCAAAUUGAAAUUGAAGAAGAGAAAGAGGCGGAGAACCCACAGAAUGUUAAAGGGUCGAACACUAAAGGGAGAGCUAAGAAAGCUGCUGCUCCGGCUACAACUACGAGUACGAGUACAGAUACAAAGACUGCGAGUAAACCGCGGAAACCCCGUGCGAAGAAGAUUGCUGCAGCGCCGGUCGAUGAAGAAGACCGAAUUGAAACCCAAAUUGAACAAGAGAAGGAGGCGGAGGAAGAUAUCCAGAUUCAGAAACCGGUGACGAAGACGAAGACGACGCGUCAGAAGCGUGCGACUCGAACUACUGCUACGGCAGCUACGGCUACGGCCACGAUUACGGCUACGGCUAUGACGACGGCUACGGCCACAGCUAUGGCUGCUACGAGAACGACGAAAGCUUCGAAGAAGAAGACUACAUCUACAAUUACGAGUACGGCUACGAGUACGGCUACGGCUACUCCGAGUACAGAUACUACAAAGACUGCGAGUAAAGCGCGGAAACCUCGGACGAAGAAGAAUACUGCAGCGCCGGUCGACGAAGAAGACCAGAUUGAACCCCAAAUUGAAGAAGAGAAGGAGGCGGAGGACCUACAGAAUGUUAAAGGGUCGAAGACCAAAGGGAGAGCUAAGAGAGCUGCUACUCCGGUUACAACUACGAGACCUUGUGCGAAGAAGGACCGAGGAUCUAAGACUGAAAAGAACGAGGAGGGACAAGAUCAAGAGGCAGGAGUCGAUAUCAGAGCUCCGACUCCGGCAACAGCACCACCAACACCAUGUCGCUCAAUGCGCUCUACGAAGAGUGCUACCCCUGCGCCGCCGCCGACUCCACCACCACGUCGUUUGACGAAGAAGGUUGCUCCCGCACGGACUGCAGAUACCGUUGCCGGCGAAGACGAUGAGGAGAUUUCAGAUGAAGAUGCGAGAGCAAUUGGAGCGGCCCUCAAAGGGAAGGGCCGAGGGGCCAAGAAGGGCGUGACGAAGCAAGUCAUUGCGAAGAAAGUGGUAGGUUCAAGGACUCCUACGAAGAAGGGACCACGCAAUGCUGAUAUUCCGGCGAAGAAGGGGAGAGCUGCGAGAGGAAAGAAGCAGCCGGAGCCCGAACCGGAAGAGGACAUCCAAAUGGAUGAUGGGUCAACGGACCCGAAAUUCGAAGUGGUGGUUGCGUCGCCUGCGAAGAAGGCACCAACCAACGAACCGGAACCAGAAGUUGAACUGGAGGAGCCGGAACCGGCCGAGGCGAUCGGGGCCCCCGAGGAAGAGCCAAGUAAGCCGGAGGAGGUGGAGCCUCAGCCAGAACCACUGGCCGAGGCUGAUGUGCCGGCGGAGUCGGAGACAGAGACCGUGGAACCAGCGGUGGAGACCGUGGAGCCGGAAGUGGCAAACCCGGACGUGGCAGAGCCACAACCGGUGGAGCCAGCAGACGUGGCAGAGCCGGAAGCGGUGGAGCCGGAGUUGGUAGUGACAACUCCGGCUGAAGGGCGCCUGACCGAUCAGGCGCCCGCUGUGGUUCCUCGGUCUCCUAGCGAGAAUACCAUUGGGGUCAGUCAGCAUGUUGCUGUAAGUAUCCCAUAGAUCUGUAAAUUGUUGGCAAACACUAAUCGCAUCGCAGGACAACUCGUUGAAUUACAACGAGAUCUUCCCGUCUUCGUUUGAAGACGGAGGAGAGGACACUGGAUCUUCCCCGGUCAAGUUACCAAGGCCGG